AUGCAAAAACCAGAAACAAAACCCUUUAAAUUUUCCUUUGAAGACAAACAAGGUGAUUUGUUUAAGGAUUCUUCUUCAACAGAUUCGUUGGUGAAUUGUGUAGCACAAGAUUUGCAAAUGGAUAAAGGGAUUGCAGCAAUAUUCCAGAAGCUAUACAAUGGAACGGAUGAAUUGAAAUCACAAAAUAAGAAAGUUGGUCAAGUCGCUUAUCUUUUACGUGAGAAUCGUUACAUUUAUUAUCUGAUCACAAAAAUGCAUACUCACGAAAAGCCAACCAAACCAGAUUUUGAGGCUAGUUUAAAGGAAUUGAGAAAUUUAUGUGAAAGUCAAGGUGUUACUGGGUUGAGUAUGCCUAGAAUAGGUACAGGUUUAGACCAAUUGAGUUAUGAUUAUGUUGUAGAAACUGUUAAAGAAAUCUUCAAAGAUAGCAAUAUUAAAAUCACAAUUUUUUCUCCAUUGACUAAAACUUUAACGUUAAUCCUUCCGAAUGAGAUUUAG